GUUUCUCUUCUCAUCAUUGGGGGGCAGAGGGGUCCCCCCUACCUACUCUCGCGAGGCAGGGGCGCCCCCACCCUACUCCUUUCUCCGCAGUCUUGAGGCACACCCCCCCCAAAAGAACCCCCCGAGGUACUCUUGGGGUACCCCGGAGAUAACCAUUGUGAGGUGCCCACCCCAAUCCUGGGGUGAUCUUGAGGAGCAUUCUGAGGAGCACCACCCCUCAGUCUUGGGGUGCUAUUGAUAACUGUUAUGGGGGGCUCCCCCAAAUAUUGGGGUACCCAUUGAGAACCAUUAGGAGGAGCACCCCUCAGUUCCGGGGUUCCUGUUGAGAACUAUUCUGAGUACCCCCUUAGGUAGGGAGCCCCCCCAGAGUUUUGGAGAAGGGGCUCGUCGUUUUAAGGGGGAGAUUUUCGGGACAUCCCCUAGAUCUAGGUGUGGGUUUGCAAGAGGAAGUAAAGGCCCUCCCCUCUGCUUUAUCCUCAGCAGGAGCUUGGGUGGGUGAAGUCCUGUUUCUAUCAUUCCAGGGGGACCCCCUCCCCAUUUCUAACAUGAUGGGGGAUGUGUGGUGGCCUUAUUCUUGCAAGAGGCAAUAAAGCUCCCACCCAAUUUCCAGGGGGGGGGAAAAGAGUUCUCCACUUAUUUCUUGGGGGGGGGGUAUUAUGGGCUAUUUAGCCCCUCUCCUCAAUAUCUCCUCAGUCUCAUGUCUCUCUCUGUGUGUUUUUACCUAUUGUCAUAUGAGGAGGUAGCAAAGCUCUCUUUCUCCCCCCCUCCCCUUUCACUUUGAUCACUUCUUAGUAUUUUCGCUUUGGGUGGGUGGGAGAAAUGGGGAUGCUCUUAUAUUUAAAAGGGUGUGUGUGUUGUUGCACAGUUCCUCCCCCAGAAUCUGCUUGGGAGCCUGGACUGCAGAGGGGUCCUAUUGCAGACUGCAGAGGGGUCCUAUUGCAGACUGCAUGUACCUAUCUUCCCCUUUCUCUCCCACCCCUCCCCAUUUUUUUUAUUUUUUUUGGUGGGGGAGAAUAGCAUUCCACUUAUCAUUUCAUGUAUUGAAGCCCCUGCCCCCAGUAUCUUCCAUUCUCCCAUUAGGUAGGGUGGUGUGCCUGGGAUCCUGCUGUUAUUCUUUAAGGCGAUGAGUGAACCCUUUUGUAAAUGAUUCCUGAGCCUCACUGAAGCUCAAGGUUGUGUGUAUGCUUUUUUGGGGGUGGGGGUGGGGGGUGGUACAUGGGGGCAGAUGUUUGUUUUGCCCCUUACUGCAGACAGGUGCCACCCCAUUUGUUUGACAGCUCGGAUUGGGGACCAGAAACCUCCCUUCUAGUUACACCCACAAAGGAUCUCCUUCCUUUUCUUUUCACCUUAGUUCCUAAUGACACAUCUCUCUAUUUUUCUCCCUCCCUCCCUCCGGCCCACCUCCUGUCUUUUUUCAGAAUCAUUUCCUCUUUCUGUGUCUGCAUGAGAGUAUGUGAGAUUCCAAUAGCAAGAGCAACAACAUACCCAGCCCUUUCCCAGAGAAUAAAGACUUCUUUAUCCUCGAGUUAAUCACCCUCUGAUAUUAUUUCUCUCUACCCCCCCUUCCAAAUGUCACAAAAGAUGAAAUAUGAGAGCGGUCCAUUUCUGAAAGGUAACAUGUGUACACUCAUUUACAAUCAGAUGCCCUGGGUUGCUUCUGCAAGGGAUGCAUGUGCUCAAAAUGAUGGACACAAAAGCAGAAAGAGAGGGUUUGUAGGGUUUUUAAAAUUUACAUGCACCAAGCUCUCCCCCCCCCCCUAAAUUUAUAUUAAAACCAGAGCAAAUCUGAGGUUCUGUGCUGCUCUUUAAUAGGUAGGUGGUAUUUGUCAAUGCCUGCAGCUCUCUUAAGGGGUGUGUGUCUCUGUGCUGGCACCUCUUAUGAUUUCUCCUUUAUACCCUGGUAAUAGGUACCCCGUUUGCCUAAAAUGUGAAUGAGCAUAGUAGGAGAGGUUGGCCAAGUGGUAGAUUUCACACCCUUGUGCUUUUCUCUCUCUCUCUCUCUCUCUCUCUCUCUCUCUCUCUCUCUCUCUCUCUCUCUCUCUCUGUGUGUGUGUGUGGAUUUGAAGGAAGGAAAGAAGGCAGACAUCUGCAAACAAAGCCUUGCUUUCCCCCCAAUAAGACUGCUAGAGGACGGUUUCGUCACUGGCUUCAGCGGCAUCAGCCUGGCAUGCUUUGUGCUGAGAUAAUGUGCUAGCCGGGUGUAUGUACAGCAUAAUGUGCUGAUGGAAACGUUCCAGAGAGUGCCUCAUCUGUGAGAGGGUAGUAGUUCAGCCAGCUCAAAUUGCUGAUGUAUAUGAAAACAGCAGCGCCUAUGCAGUUAAAGCAGGCAAGAGGGGAAAUAAGUCUUAGGCACAGGUACUCAAAAUCUCCCAUUAAACGUUUGAUAACGAACUUACCGUAAUCCAUCGGUCGCAUCCAGUCCAGUGCUCUGUUUCCAGCAGCAGACAGCCUGGAACCUCACAAAUGGGACAUUGAAGGUUCCUUAGAAAGAGAGCUUGGACGGCAUGCAAAGUAGUGAAAUAUCUGCAGACAGCACUGAUGAUCCUCUUAGUAGUGGCCUACGGAGAAAGCGACAGCCGCGAAUAGUAGUUAUCGGUGCUGGGCUCGCGGGCCUCUCUGCGACAAAAACCCUCCUGGAGAAUGGUUUCACGGAUGUGACUGUCCUCGAAGCGUCUGACCGAAUUGGAGGCAGGAUACAAAGCGUGAAGCUCGAAAACGCUACUUUUGAACUGGGAGCUACGUGGAUCCAUGGUUCCAAUGGAAACCCCAUCUAUCAUCUAGCAGAAGAUAAUGGCUUACUCGAGGAGACGACAGAUGGCGAGAGGAGUGUGGGCCGCAUCAGCCUGUACUCCAAGAAUGGGGUGGCUUAUCACCUCACCAACAACGGUCAAAGGAUCCCGAAAGAUGUGGUUGAAGAAUUCAGUGAUUUAUACAACGAGGUCUAUAACCUGACUCAGGAGUUCUUCCAGAGUGGUAAACCAGUCAAUGCCGAGAGCAAGAACAGCGUGGGCGUCUUCACGCGAGAUGUCGUGCGCAAGCGCAUCAAAGCCGAUCCGGACGACUCGGAGACGAUCAGGAGGCUGAAACUUGCCAUGAUCCAGCAAUACCUUAAGGUGGAGAGUUGCGAGAGCAGCUCCCACAGCAUGGACGAGGUGUCGCUCAGCGAAUUCGGGGAGUGGACCGAAAUCCCCGGGGCCCACCACAUCAUCCCGUGCGGUUUCAUGAAGAUCGUGGAGAUCCUCUCCCGCGCCAUCCCGGAAUCGGUCAUCCAGCUGAACAAGCCGGUCAAGUGCAUCCACUGGAACCAGUCGGUCAGCAAGGAGAUUGAAGGGGUGGCCGACCACAACAGCGACCGCACGGGGGAGCGGGACGUGGGCUGCCACGUCUGCGUGGAGUGCGAGGACUGCGAGUUCAUCCUGGCCGACCACGUCAUCGUGACGGUGUCCCUGGGGGUGCUGAAGAAGCACCAUGAGAACAUGUUCCACCCCCGGCUGCCCGAGGAGAAGGUGAUGGCCAUCCAGAAGCUGGGCAUCAGCACCACGGACAAGAUCUUCCUGGAGUUUGAGGAGCCCUUCUGGAGCCCCGAGUGCAACAGCAUCCAGUUCGUAUGGGAGGACGAGGCUGAGGCAGAGAGCCUCACCUACCCCGAGGGGAUGUGGUACAGGAAGAUCUGCAGCUUCGACGUUCUCUACCCGCCCGAGCGCUACGGCCACGUGCUGAGCGGCUGGAUCUGUGGGGAGGAGGCCUUGAUCAUGGAGAAAUGUGACGAUGAAACCGUAGCAGAAACUUGCACUGAGAUGUUGCGUAAAUUUACAGGGAAUCCGGACAUUCCGAAACCUCGGCGGAUCUUGCGAUCCUCGUGGGGCAGCAAUCCUUACUUCCGCGGCUCCUAUUCCUACACUCAAGUUGGGUCGAGCGGAGCAGACGUAGAGAAACUCGCAAAGCCACUGCCUUAUACCGAGAGCUCCAAGACGGUUCCUAUGCAGGUGAUGUUUUCGGGCGAGGCCACCCACAGGAAGUAUUAUUCCACUACUCACGGUGCUUUGCUUUCUGGCCAGAGGGAGGCGGCCCACCUCCUCGAAAUGUACCAAGACCUCUUGCAAUGCAGAAACUGAAAGGGGCCUGAACCACUAACUCGUGAUUCCUUUUACGGUUGUGUGUUUAAAGAAGUCUUUCCUUUUUUUUCUUUUCUAAAAGAACAAAUUAAUUAAAAAAUUUUUUUUAUCUUUUUAUAUCUAUAUCUCUAUAAAAGUCUUAAUUAUUUUGACCCGUAGUUGACUGAUGGUAGUUUAUUUCCAUGUAUUGUACCUGUCAACAGGAAAAGGUUGCUCUUCCUGUCUGAGUGAAAGAUUUUCUUUUGGUGUAAUUUUGAUUUCUGAUUGCACACUUGGUGCUUCUUUUGGAGGUAUUUUUCUCCCCCCCCUUCCCCAGGUCCCUGGUAUUGUAAGUGCCUUCUAUAUUUCAAUAAAUGUUGUCAUAACCAC